UGACCUUGACAUGCUUGACAUGACGUUUAACCUAGCCUAGCGUUAUAAAAUAUUGUAUUGUAUGCUUUGAAUCGUUUAAUUCGUUUAUGCUAUCGCGAUAAUACCUAUUGCCCUUGUUUUGCUUUAAGUAAUCGGAAACUGAGGAUGCGCAGUUUCAUUUGAUUCGUAACAACACUAGUGCGCGGCCAUUGUUAUUAUUACUUUACUUUUAAUAGAAAUUUAGCUACAGGCUACAGCGGGUACUGGUUGAAAUUGUUACUAUGAAAUUAUUGUUCCUUUUCUUGGUCCUGGGCGCCGCCCGGGCGUAUGAUUGUCCGUACUGCCAGCCCGAACAAGUUCACAUCGCAUUUGGAGAGAAACCCAACGACAUCGUGCUGACAUGGACCACGUUCAACGACACGCAGGGCUCGUACGCGACCUUCGGGAAGGGGCAGCUGGAGGCCCAGGCCUCCGGGUACAGCACUCUGUUCCGAGACGGCGGCAAACAGCAACGCGAGAUGUACAUACACCGCGUCACGCUGCCCGGCCUCGACUAUGACACCACAUACGUAUACAAUGUGGGUUCGGACUUCGGCAUGUCGGAGCGGUUCUCCUUCCACGUGCCGCCCGAGGGCAACGACAUCCAAGUGCGCGCCGCCAUCUACGGCGACCUGGGCAACAAGAAUGCACACUCCCUCCCAUAUCUGCAAGAAGAGGCGGAGCGCGGGAACUUUGACCUGAUCCUGCACGUGGGCGACUUCGCCUACGACAUGCACGACGACAACGCGAGGGUCGGCGACCAGUUCAUGCGCCAGAUCCAGCCCAUAGCCUCGCUGGUGCCCUACAUGACGUGCCCCGGCAACCACGAGGCCUCCAAUAACUUUAGCAACUACCGCGCCCGCUUCUCCAUGCCGGGAUAUCGAGGCACCGAGAGCAUGUUCUACAGCUUCGACCUCGGACCCGUGCACUUCGUGUCCAUCUCCACCGAGUACUACUACUUCCUCCAAUAUGGAGCGCAUAUGUUGUUCGAGCAGUUCUCCUGGCUCCAGCAAGACUUAGCUAAGGCUAAUGAACCUAAGAACAGAGGCGAGCGGCCGUGGAUCGUGCUGAUGGGACACCGGCCCAUGUACUGCAGCAACUUCGACGACAUCGACUGCAGCUUCGAGUACACCAGGAUAGGGAUCCCCUUCUUCGGCCUGAGCCUGUCCCUGGAACCGCUGCUAAAGCAGUACGGUGUGGACGUAGUAAUCUGGGCGCACGAACAUUCGUACGAGCGCACGUGGCCGCUGUAUGACAGUAAGGUCUACAACGGGUCUCUGGAGCACCCGUACACUAAUCCUGGCGCUCCCGUGCACGUGGUGACGGGCUCGGCCGGCUGCCAGGAGAACCACAGCCAGUUUAACGUUACACGGCCGGAGUGGUCGGCGUUCCGCACGCCGGCGUACGGCUACACGCGGCUGCUCGCCGCCGGGGCGCAGCUACACUUCGAGCAGGUGGACGUGGAGCAGGGCGGCAAGGUGGUGGACACCUUCCGAAUCGUCAAGGACCGCCACGGGGCCUACCACUACGACUAAACCGUGGGCCCACAUAUCCCUACUAGUAAUAAACCAAGCACGGGCCUUGUACCACUGCCACUAGCACUAGACCAUGCUACACUACAGGCCUCACCCUACCUGCCUUGUACUGGGUCUUAUACCGCUCCCAAGAAACAACCCGGAGGGUAACUAAACCACAGGCUCUACCGCUACCGCUCUCUAACACCGCGCGCUAACACUAAACGAUGGGCCCCAUACACACCCCCUAUACUAUGGCCUGGUGGGCCCUACACUACACCGCUACCUGACAUUGGGCCUCAUACUGCUGCCACUGGACACUUGACACUGGAUCGACCAACAACGUGUCUACAUAUAAACCAUCAAACACAGUCGUCAUAAUUAAUAAUGAUUUGAUAUCUGUACUACAUACAAGGUUCUCAAAAGUAUCUCAAUAUUGAUCUUAUUAAAUGCUUUCGCCAUAUUACAAUAGAAAACACCUAAAAAACACUCCAACGCGUUGAUAGUCGUGUUUAAAUCGAGCUCCUUAUGCUUCGUUUCGAUAUUUGUGGCUUUCCAUCACAGAAGGGUCCUAAUAUGCUUCAAGUACAAUAAGGAUGUUUCAUCUGAAAUUUCAAUAGAAAUUCUGAUAAAAAUUUCCUUAUUGCAGGUAAAGCAUAUGCACCCUUCUGUUCUGGAAAGCCACAUAUAAUCUCAUGGCCAUUAUACCUACAUCGAAAGCAUCAAAGGUCACUGGGAGACUGUAUCAAUAGAUAUUAGGUAAGCUAGGAUUACGAGCUACCUACAUUUGUGAUGUAUUAUAUAUAUUUUCUUAUGCAUGUUUUUUAAGUUUUUUUUGCUCUUUGAAACAGCUUUAAUAAAAAACGUAACGGAAUCUCGAAAUUGUAUACCUAUGUAUAUUAAUAUUAGAUAUGGGUUUAGCGUUAUUCGCUGUACUAAAUGUAGUGCCAAUCAUGUAAUUGUAUUUCCUAAUAAAUUUUACAAAUAAAUUGCUUUCA